AUGAUUCAAGGCAUCUUUUACGCCAGAUUCUUCCCCCAAGAGGGCCCCAAGAUUGUCGCACAGUCUCCCGCAGGCUGCAUAACCGCCGUCGAAGGCUCAACAAAACCCCCUCUCAUCGACUUCGACGUACUCCAUGAGUACAUCAUUCCUAGACAAGCCUUCUGCAACCGCUAUCUCACUAUCAACACGCCAGAUGGGAAGUACACCGUACUAGGAUACCCGGUUGUUAUUCCUCACACCAAGUAUCUUCGAAAUGAGUUCAUCUUCAACUUCGGCCUCGUGCUCGACUCUGAUGUUGACCAUGUUCCUUAUGAGCGCGUCGUUCGUGGUCUAGCCUCGACCUUUUCUGAGAUGGAAAAACAGAAUGAGUAUUUGAGUCAAAAUGCAGAGACAAAAGGCUCUGGGAGGAGACCGAUUGAUAGUUUGCUUGAGAUCGUCAAGGAGGACUUGGACAAUUAUGGAGAGUGCAUGAUUCCAGUUGACGAGGCAAACACUAUCAACAUGAAGCUCUUCCCUCACCACAUGGACCCCCCUAGAGUUCGAGGCUGGCAUGUCCCUGUCCCAAAGGCCAAAUUCUCUGACAUUAUGGAUCCGACCUGGGAUCUCACCCUCCAGAAAGUCAUAUCUCACAUCGACGGUGUUUCUGAUGUUCGACGUAUCGCUCACGCUGCUUCUGUCUCUCUUGAGUUAGCAAAAACCGCGCUCCGCCAUCUCCUCUACUACGACACUAUUCUACUUCUUGACAUGUUCUUUUUCACGGCAUGCUACGCUCCACGGCCUGGGAUCCACGACUUUAUCCGAAAUGUUGACGGGAUGGUCGAUGAAUGUGCUGCAUAUGUAUCACACGGACGCGGCCUCGUGAGCAACUAUCAUCUUAUCAAACUCAUGUCCACCUUUGCCCCAGGAAAAUCCGUCAUGGAAUGGCUCAAGGGGCAUCAAGACACAGGUUUCGAAGUCCUUCGCUUUGUUGACGUUCGCAGAUUCGUCCAGUUCGGCGUCAUAAAGGGUUGCAUAUACCGCGUUCACAAAUUCGUCGUCUCUAAACAAUACCUUGCCGCCUUAGCAUCUGGCCAAAGUCGCCCUGUCCCAGGAGGAGAUCCACUGCAGAAGUAUACAGAUGGCUGUCACCACUUUGACCAAAUCAUCACAGAGCAGAACAUGACGGACAGUGAAAUUAUGGAGAAACUCAAGAAGUUGCCGGUUCCAAAGGGGGACUUGGCAGUCUUUUAUAGAUAG